ACCCGAGGGGUGCACAUGGGCCUGGUCAUGGAGCGUCGGGGGCCAUACUCGCGGGGGCUGCACAAGGCGGGGGUUGGUGAACACGGCUGCUGGUACUACUUGCGCUACUUCUUCCUCUUCGUCUCACUCAUCCAGUUCCUUAUCAUCCUUGGCCUCGUGCUUUUCAUGGUGUAUGGCAACGUGCAUGGUGGCACUGAGUCCAACCUGCAGGCCACCGAGCGCCGGGCCGACGUCCUCUAUGGCCAGGUCGUGGGGCUCACAGCCACCCAGACCAACCUGACCAAGGAGCUCAACCUCACCACCCGUGCCAAGGAGGCCAUCAUGCAGCUUCUGCUGAAUGCCCGCCGUGACCUGGACCGCAUAAACGCCAGCUUCCGCCAGUGCCAGGCUGACCGGGCCAUCUACCUGAACAACGAGCGAUACAUGGCUGCCAUCAUCUUGAGUGAGAAGCAAUGCAAGGAGCAUCUCAAGGGGAACAACAACAGCUGCAAUGCUUUGCUCCUCAUGCUGGGCCAGAAGGCCAAGACGCUGGAGGUGGAACUAGAAAAGGAGAAGGCCGUGUGCGCUAAAGACAAGGAGGCCCUGGUGUUGGGCAAGCGGGUGGUGGAGGAGCAGCUGGUCGAGUGCGGGAAGACCCAGGGGCAGCUGCAGCAAGAAAAGCGCAUUGCGGAGGAGCGACUACGGAAGGUGGAAGCCCUCUGCCUCCGGUGGGACAAGGAUAAGUUUGAGACGGACCUGCGGAACAUCUGGAGGGAUUCCAUAAUCCCACGUACCCUGGACUCCCUGGGUUACAGUCCCUACCACCCCUUCACUGGGGAGAUGGCCUCCAUCCGCAGGACCUGUGACCACAUGCCUGAACUCAUGAACACCAAGGUGGCAGAGCUGGCCCGCAGUCUGAGAGUAGACAUCCAGCGCGUGGCCAGCGAGAAUGCGGACCUCCAGCGCCAGAAGCUGGAGGCUGAGCACGGCCUGCAGGCCAGUCAGGAGGCCAAGGAGAAAAUAGAGAAAGAGGCCCAAGCCCGAGAGGCCAAGCUCCAAGCCGAAUGUGCCCGGCAGACCCAGCUAGCUCUGGAGGAGAAGGCGACUCUGCGAAAGGAAAGAGACAACCUGGCCAAGGAGCUGGAGGAGAAGAAGAAGGAGGCGGAGCAGCUGAAGAUGCAGUUGGCCAUCAGCAACUCAGCCCUGGACACCUGCAUCAGGGCCAAGUCGCAGCCGAUGCCCUUUCCCUUGCCAAGACCUGUGGGCUCUCCCCUCAACCCUCCACCCAUUGACCCAGCUAGCCUGGAGGAAUUCAAGAAGAAGAUCCUGGAGUCCCAGCGGCCCCCUGCAAGCCAUGUGGUAGCCCCAUCCAGUGGCUGAGGAGACUCCAGGCCUCGAGGACCAAGGGGGCCCCCGACUUGAUGGUGCAGCAAAAUGCUCACGGUGCCGACACAGCCCUCCUGCCGUCUGCGAGCCCAGGCCGUAGGUGGACAAGCUUCCCACUCACUGCACCAAAGACCUCCCCACCCCCACCACCACACUCAGUGCUGUCUCACAGCCCCACCCCCACACCACACAACCACCGACAGCUGAUGUCCAGAGUGACAAUGUCAUUCACAGGCAUGGCGACAGUAUCACACAGCAAGGGUGACAAUGUCACCUCCAGACACGUGAUGGCAUCACCCACAGACACAGUGAUGACCAUGUCACACAGAGACAUGGUGAUAACAUCACAUGCAGUGACAAUGUCACAGACACGACAACAUCGCACAUGGUGAUGACAUCACACACGGCAACAUUACACAGACUCAGUGACAAUGUCACAUAUACACAGUGACAAUGUCACCCACAGACACAGCAAUGAUGUCACACACAGACAUGACAAUGUCACACAUGGUGACAUCACAGAGUGACAUCACACACAGAUUCAGUGAUAACACUACACAGAGACAUGGUGUCAACAUCGCACACACAGUAGCGAUAUUACACACAGAUAUGGCAUCAGUGUAACAGACACAGCGUCUGUGUCGCAGAGUGACAAUGUCCCUUCACACCCGCUUUUUUUAUUCACCUAGUGUCACCUCCCCAUGCACAUGGCCAAGCCCCCCGCCAUGGCCCCCACCCUGUCUGCACACCUCAUACCCCACCCCCAUCCCCUACUGCCUGAUCUCCAGAAGCUUCCUCACACCCGCAGGGCUGGGCAGUGAGAACAGGAAGACAUUAGCUGCUGUCCCCACUUGAUGGUUUCCAGGCCCCUUCACAGGGGGCGCCUGUCCAGGAGUGGGAGGAGCCCCUCCUCCCUGCCCCUAAAUGCCCAGAGAGGGAAGUUGUCCCCAUUAUUCCUCCUACCCCCAGCCCUGCCCCAUAUAAAUGUUACUGGCACUUAAUAAAUGUUAGCAAUCCCUUUAAAGACCUCAGAGCCCUGAUUUCUUCUUUGAAAAGAGACCAUGUGGCUGUGAGCCACAAAAAAAACUAGAAAGAAGAUGAGAACUGAACCCAACCUCCCUCUCAACUUCCCCAGGCCACUAGAUCCCUCACCAAGAACAAACGUGGGGACAACACCAGGAUCCCCCAAGAUCCUCCGCUGGCAAGAUAAUAGCUCAUAAGCAUUUAAUGAAAUGCCUACAAAGCAUAGCCUUGGGACAGCUCUGAUUGCUGUUAAAUUGAGGAUUUCUCUUCAAAAGCAGGUUGCCGUUUGAAAAUGAUUUGUAGCUUUGGUUUCUGCAGGAUUGCAAAGAAUCUUCCAGGUGUUGACAGUGAUUACAGAGGUACAACAGCCUGCAAAGAAUUGCAGGAACUCCUGAUCUCCAAAAUGAUUCCAGGAGCAAUAUCACGAAAGUCCCUGGCCAUUGUUUUGUUUCGUUUUGUUGGUUGGUUUGUUUUGUUUUGUUUUUGCAGCAAGAAAAGACAAAGGCUGUCAACCUUAGGGACACUUCGACUUAUCUGUAUCACUGAACUAGCCAGUGUUGUUGUUGUUGUUUGCUGCUGACGAGCCAGUCCCCAACAAAACGAGACGCUGUCCGGUUCUGCGCCAUCCCCGAUUGGCGUCAAUCAGACCGUUAAGAUGCACAGGGUUUUCAUUGGCUGAUUUUCAAGAGUCGAUCACUAAGCCUUUCUCCCUAGUCUGUCUUAGUCUGGAAGCUCCACUGAAACCUGUUCAGCAUCAUAUCAACAUGCAAGCCUCCACUGACAGAUGGGUGAUGGUUGUGCACGCGGCGCGUUGGCCAGAAAUCAAACCCGGGUCUCCCACGUGGGAUGCUAAGAUUCUACCACUGAACCACCACUGCCUCAUAAAUCAGCCAAUAGCCAGGGAAAUACAAAUGAAAGGAACACAGAAAAUCACACUGCACCCAGCAGACCCUAGGAAAAAAUUAUAAAAAGCCAUAAUGCCUAUUGCUGGUGAAGUUGCAGAGAAAAGGGCAUUUUCCUACAGGCCUCCUAGAAAUGC